AUGUCGGUCAAUCCCAUGGCCUACGAGGCGCAGUUCUUUGGCUUCACCCCCCAGACGUGCAUGCUGCGCAUCUACAUCGCGUUCCAGGACUACCUCUUCGAGACGAUGCUGGUCGUGGAGAGCGUCAUCCUGAAGAAGGUGGCCGGGUUUCCCAACUGCAAAAUCAGCCCCUUCCAGGUCCGGAAAAGCACGGAGAAAUUUCUUCUCUUCAUGAAGGAGCACUUUGACAAACUCUUCAGUAAAAUGGAAGAAGUGCUUCUGCAGCUGGUGUUAAACAUCCCUGCGAACGUGCUGCUUCCCGAGGACAAGGUCCACGAGCAGUUCUCCUACAGCAAAGAGCAGUUCCAGGCGCUUCAGGAUGAGAUCAGUCAGCUGCAGCAGCAGUACAGGGCUGAGGCGUCUGCUGGGCAGGCUCUGCGAGCAGAGCUGGAAGAGCAGAAGGUUGUUCGGGCUGAGCUCGAGAAGAUUGUGCAGUGGUUUGAUGGGCUUGAGAAUAUCUGUAGGGAGCACGGGACCAGCAACCUCAAAGAAAGCUUUGUGUUCUUGACAGAGAACUCUAAGAAACUGCAAGAUGUGCUGAAAGAUGUUGAAGAGAAAAGCAAAAAAAUAAAGAAGCAGGAUCAGUUAUUGUAA